AUGUCGUUCAAGGUCAAGGCAUUGUACGACUACGCUUCAGGCCACGAGGACGACCUCACCUUUACUGUCGGUCAGAUCAUCACCGUGACCGACGAGGAGGAUGCCGAUUGGUAUGGAGGAGAAUAUGUCGAUGACGCUGGAACAAAACACGAGGGCAUCUUUCCAAGGAAUUUUGUCGAGAGAUACGAGCCCGUUGCCCCGGCACGACCCACGAGAGCACGGCCCAAGAGGGAGCCCGAGCCUCCUUCCGAAGCUUCCGCCGCCGAUCCUGCCCCCGCCCCGGAUUCGCAAAAGAAUAUUGCCCCGGGACCCGAGGAGACUCGGGAGCCUGUAACGGCGGCCGCCCAGUCCCAGGCCGUCUCUGCGCCCCCGCCGGUGCCCGCACCCGUCCAAGAGACCCCGGCGCCCAAACCGGCACAGCCGGCGGAAGCUCCGAUUCCUGCCCCUGUCCCCGCCCCCGCCCCCGCUUCGCCCCCUGCGCAAGCUGCUCCGCGAGUUGCCGAGAAUGCGUCCCCUAGCUCAGCGCCCGCCCCGAAACCAGCCCCGUCGCUUCCCAAGCCGAGCAGCGGGUCGACCCCGGUGUCCGAGAAGCCACUCAGCAGCUCCUUCAAGGAUCGUAUCGCGGCGUUCAACAAAGCUGCACCGCCAAUCGCCCCUAUCAAGCCAAGCGGCCUGAGCUCAGGCGGCGCCAGCGGCUUUAUCAAGAAACCCUUCGUCGCCCCCCCUCCCAGUAGGAAUGCCUACGUCCCGCCCGUCACCCAGGCACCCGUUGCAAAAAUCUACCGGAGGGAAGAAGAUCCCGAGGUGAAAGCACAGGAAGCUGAGGCUCUCGAAAAUGCUGGGAAGGUGGGUCUCGUCCCCGCGGCAUCCACUGCUGAAGGGGAAGCGGCCGAGGACCAGCCUAAGCCCAUGAGCUUAAAGGAGCGGUUGGCCCUCCUGCAAAAACAACAAAUGGAGACCGCCGCUCGGCAUGCCGAGGCUGUCGCCAAAAAGGAAAAGCCAAAACGUCCUGCGAAGAAACGUAUCGACAGUCAGGAGGCUGCUGAGGGCGAAGCCGUUGUGCCGCCUCUGGAGCGUCGUGACACCGAGGAGACGGACAAGAGGACAUCCGUGGACGAGCCUCAUCCACCUAGAUUGGCGCACACUCAGCGUCGCAAGUCCUCUAGAGGAGCCGAGCCACGCGACGGUAAUGAGGCAGAUAUGUCUGGGGCCGGCGAUACCACCGAGGGGCAGGAAGACCUCACAGAAAAGGAGGACAGUGAUGGCAGAGCCAAGCACGUCGCCACAGCGGCAAAACAGAACGAAGAAGAUCAGGAAGAAGAAGAGGACGACGACGAGGAGGAAGAGGACGAUGUCGAUCCGGAGAUUCGGCGCAGGGAGGAGUUACGGGCAAGAAUGGCCAAAAUGUCUGGGGGCAUGGGUAUGCCCGGAAUGGCCAUGCCUCUGUUUGGCGCCCCGGCACCCAUACUGCCCAAGAAGAAGAAGGCCGCAGAGAAGCGGGUGGGAGGGCUCGAGGAGCCUGUCUCACCCACCGCACGCGCAGCCCCUGUGCCUCUCCCUGGCCUGAUGCGACCGCCACCUCCACCGGAGCCGCAGCAGCCUGAACCGGAAGAAGAGGAGGAAGAGGAGGAAUCCCAACUGAAGACGCCGCACCAGGAGUCUGCUCCGCCUUUGUCGCCGACGGAGCAGGGAGCCCCUCCGCCAAUUCCCGGCGGCAGACCGGCUCCACCCCCUGUCCCUGCGGAGACUCGUCCGCCGCCGCCGCCCCCAUCUGCAUCCGUGGUUAAGUCCCCUAGCGAAGGUUCGGCAUCGGAUGAUGAACUCUCAGAACAGCCCAACGACGAAUCCGAUACUCCAAGAGGUGAUAUAAACCAGGCCACCAGAGCUCCGCCUCCCCCCCCGCCAGCGCUGGCCGCUCCCCCGCCGAUUCCAACCUCGCCCCGUGUCUCGCAAGAUGGUCGCCCAUCGUACACCGAGGACAGCUCCGCUACUUCGUACGAGCCAACGGCGAACAAACGGGCCAGCCGGCCGCCGCCGCCCAUUCCAAGCUCCCCACCGACACUUCCCCCAACACAGACCAGGCCGCCUCCUCCUCCCCCUUCGGCAGCGCCGCCAAUCCGGCACGAUUCAUUUCCGGACAGCAGGCCACCACCGCCCCCCGUGCCCGCGCCGCAUAGGGAUAGUGACAACGACGCCGAAGAUGAAGUCACCGAGUAUGAGGGGGAUUAUGACACGGAUAUAGCGUCCUCGGUUCCCCAUAAGGAUGCGCUCAAAGCGCAUCAACGUGAAUCGAGCUUUGAGUCGCCAACCACUGAGGCGCCUCCCAUUACUCUAGCAACGGUUCCAAGAGCCGGCCCACCGCCGAUCCCAAGCCAACCGCCACCUCGCAAAUCUGUAGAUAUGCCACGGUCAGCCCCGCCGCCCCCUCCGCAUCCUAAAGAGACUCCCCGAUACGACGAGGAAUACGACCCUUAUAAUUACAGCUCACCUACACAGGGCAUCCCAACAUCGCCCUCUUAUCCACUGCCGCCUCCGCCACCACCUCCCGCUCCGCAUUUCAGGCAGCACGAGGAGAUGCAAACUCAAGAGAUCACGUCGUACACGUCAAUGUCUCCUCCGGCCCCGCCGCCACCGCCGCCGUCCUCUACCCGGCCACCGGCACGGCCGUCAAUGGAUGUCCAGCGUGGCGGCGCCGGGCGACGGUCUGCGGAUGUCACGCGGCCCUCGGUGGAGUCUGGCUACGUUGCUAACGACAUCGAUCUAGCCAGCCAUUCCGGGUGGUGGCUGCAACCCAACGGCCUCCCCUCGCAGCUUCACGGGCGCAAGGACAUUUACUUUGAGUCCGAAGAGGCGACUUCUGCCGACGCGCAGAAGGGUGGCAAGACUAUUGUCACGCGCGACAUUUACGUCCUCUUCCAGGACUACUCGCAGACAAUCAUCACAGUGCGCUUCAACCCGCAGGACGCCUCCGACGUGCAAUUCGAGCAGCGCCACGAACCGCCGCCGCGGGCGCUGCGCCAGGACCAGCUCGAGCAAAGCUACGAGCGGUUCGGCCGCGCCAUCAGCGAGGCCGUCGCCGCCAAGAAGGACACGGUCGUGGGCGACGGCACCCCGCACGCCCUCAUCUACGAGCUUCUCCGGCCGUUUAAGGACGCCCUGUUGCCCGUCGGCACGCGUGCCUACGGCGCCCUCGUCUACUCGAACCUCGCCAACGCGAGCACGACGCAAAACGACGAGAUCCGGCCGGGCGACAUCAUCAGCAUCCGCAACGCAAAGUUCCAGGGCAAACACGGCGCCAUGCACGCAAAGUACUCGGUCGAGGUGGGCAAACCAGACCAUGUCGCUGUUGUGGCUGAGUGGGACGGCACAAAGAAGAAGGUGCGCGCCUGGGAACAAGGCCGCGAGAGCAAGAAGGUCAAGAUGGAGUCAUUCAAGCUUGAUGACCUCCGGUCGGGCGAGGUUAAGAUUUGGAGGAUCAUGCCGCGCAGCUGGAUUCAUUGGGAGAGUACUGGCAGUGGGAGUGGGAGCGGGAGUAACGGUGGGGUAGGGGCCGGGGCGGGUAAUUAG